AUGGAUAAGAUUGACGAAGAUUCCCAUGCGCUCAUCAAGUCUGUAUCACAUCUUUAUCACAAAAUACCCGAGAUUCUUGUGAGGAAAGCAAUUCCUACAGUCAAGGGUUAUUAUGGAGAGGCAAAAGCUAUUAGAAGAGUUGCGGAAAGGUUCAAGGAAGAAAGUAUCAUUACGGGAACCAAGAUUCACUUAAAGAAGUUCUUUUACUUUGGGCAGCAAACGGCCCGAUGUGGCCUUAGUAAACCGGUCGAAAGACUUUCACAGUUGAAGACCUAUAAACCAAACUAUAUAAACCACGCGAUGUCUAUGCAGGUGUAG